CCGAAAACAGGCCAUCCGAAAACAGGCCAUCCGAAAACAGGCCAUCCGAAAACAGGCCAUCCGAAAACAGGCCAUCCGAAAACAGGCCAUCCGAAAACAGGCCAUCCGAAAACAGGCCAUCCGAAAACAGGCCAUCCGAAAACAGGCCAUCCGAAAACAGGCCAUCGUCGCCUGGGA